CCGGACGGAUUCCCGUGGAAUUGUAACCACCGAAGGAGAAGAAGAGAAACGGAGAUGAUAUUGAACUCUGCAGCGCCAAUAGCUCAGGAGGUUCCCGUACGGCCUCUAUUGAAACCAAUACGUGCCUCUUCCAACAUCAGCACACAGCAACUACGCGAGGAACUUGCUCACCUUCAUUCUGAAGCAGAGACUACAAGAACCAAAGCAAACAGUGCGAGAUUGAGACUCUUGAGGUUGUCUGAGGCUGCUGAAAAGCUACGACAACAGGCAGCUAUUAGCGUACGAACAGGGAAGGAAGAUGAGGCGAGAGAUCUACUCUUUCAGAAGAAGAAAGUAAUGCAAGCGUUGGAGAAGUCAAAUAGUCGAAUCAAGUUGUUGGAUGAACUUUCAGCAAAGCUUAACGAGGCAAUAUACGUAAAAGAGAGUCAGCUUAUCGGGAACAUUGAUUUGGAUUUGACAAUGGCUACUGAAGAUGGUUCCAGCCCCAUUCGAAUUGCCACUUCAGAGCAGGAAGCUCCAAAAGAUUCCAAAAAAACUCAUUUUGAAUCUAAAGAUGUAAGUCUUCCUGAAAAUCAAGAUGUGCAUCCAAGUGUUGCAGAGGAUCAUGCGAGCACAGAUAAUGACCGAGAGCAAGAAGUCCCCCCAUGUUCUGAUUUAGGGAGUGAAGAUGAAAUAGUAAAUAGUAUGAAGGGAGCAUCAUCUUAUGAGGAUUUUAUGGAAAACCUGGACAAACAGCUAAACAUAAUCGAAGAUGAACUGGAUGGUGUGCUAAGGGCUUCAACAGUCCUUUUGGAUGGUGAGGAUAAACAGAAAAAUAGAAGAGUACAACAAAUACUGGAACUUCAAGAGAGCAUCCGACUUAUCAGAAAGAGAGUCUCAAGUUUCAAAUUGGCAAAUGUGAACAUCAGGUGAUACUUGGCUUUGGAGACGUAUAUCUUGUGCAACUAUUCAAGCAUAAUUCUUGUACACUUCGUUUCUAAUUUGGUCGUUUGAUUUGAAGUGUAACCCUUUCGUGCCAUAAACAAUUUCACCCUGAUUGUAAGUAAUAUAUCAGCAAUUGUUACUAGCCAA